CACACCUCAAACUACUGCACCCAAACCAUCCUAGUCUCAUGCACCUUUCAGUACAAACAACUGACUUUUUCCAAGUUGUAUAGAUCAUUGCGUGGUGAUCAAGUUCAUGCCUGGACGUGUGAUCAUGUCAAUCAAACCAGAACCAGAUCAGGCGCCAGCUUGGAGCGAAGCGCAAACACGCGAUCCAAUCGCCCUUCGCCGCCGAAAUGAGCACCUAGAGCUGCAGAAAGUCUUUGAGCAGAAAUACGAGUCACUCAGAGCCAGACUAGUCAACCAAUAUGACCGCAGAUCUACCCUCCAGACAGAGCUGCAAGCUGUGAGUCGAACCAUUCACAUGCAUGAGCAAGACCAGGAGCGGCUCUCUGUCGAAUGGGAUACAGCUUUGCAUCAGCUCAACCAAAAGUUCGCCGAGGAGGAUAGGCAGCAGCAGAUGUACGCAGCACAGGACCGUGAGCGAGCUGAAGCCAACGGCAAUGGCCGCCCCGGUUCAGCACGGGGCACGAGUACUCCGCAGAGUGGUGGCUGGACCAGCAUUAAUGGCUCGCGAGGUCGGAAGCGCGAGGACGAAGAGUUGCCCAUAGAUGCCGGCAAUAUCAUGUCUGGCACCUAUCAGUCUGCUGACGAUGGCCAUGCAAAUGGCAAGCCACUACCGUUUCGGCCUAACGGUUCUGGUAUGGAUAUUGACGAGUCAGACGCCAGUCUGGCUGGUCGUAGCAGACCUCUGAAGCCGAAGCAACAACAACAGCAGCAGCAGCAGCAGCAGCAGCAGCAGCGCCACAGUCUGCCCGGGUUCCAUUCUGAAGCGAGUAGAGAUUCGCCGGUUGACCCCAAGGGACGAUCACCUUCUGGCCGCAGGUCGUUGCCUGGCGCAAGAUCGCACUCCCAGGCACCGCACGAGCCAAACCCCGCCGACCACAUCGAGAUCAACCGCGACACGAUCGAACUCAAAGAUAAUGGCAUCAUCUACACGGAGCCUCCCAUGUACGCCGGGGUUCCUCUGGCGCGAAUCGCACCUGAGCACGAGUACUGGGAUCCGGAAUGGCUUCCUCUGGAGGACCACAUCAUGCCUCAGCUCGAACAAUGGCAGCAAAAGUUAGAUAAGUUGCGCCAGGACAAAUCCGCCGUGCGCCAUACUGUCUUUCUCGCCAACCGACAGGUCAACCGUGGCCAGGCCAUUAUUGAUUACCUGAAGAGCCCGAACCCCGAGUUUCACCCUUAUCAAUACGUUGGCAAAGAAAUGAUGGUCAAGUUCUACAAGACAUUCAUCAACUACGAUACAAUGUUCCGACUUAUCAAUGUUCAUGAGGAGCUGAAGAAGUUCGACCUUGACGUCACCCCCCUGGAGUGGCUUCGUCAACGCAUGUAUGAAGUUUCGACCGCACAGGGUGAUAAGUUCAAUCUCUCCAAGUACACCCACGACCUGUAUCACGACUCCAAGCUCAAGGUGUUGCGUGAGAAGCACGGUUUCGGCAACAUUGGCCGUCCCUCAGGCUACAAAGUUGGCGAGAAGAACCCUGACAAGGGCAAGGCAAAGCAGAGGCGUGAGCAGAUGGGGUUGACCAGCCGCCGUAGCAAAGCACGACGGUCAAUUGGUCAAGUCGAUAUGGAUGAUUCCCAGAGCAUCGACGGCUACCCCCAGCACCCUCAGCAGGAAUACCUGGACCCUCUGACACCUCGCAUGCAGAAGCGAGCUCGUAUCGAGGAAAUGACCAUGAUGCCUCAGCCUAUCCCUCAGCACAUGCCCCAUCAAAUGCUGCCCCCCAUGCAGCAGCCCCAACAACCACAGCAGGUUGUGGAUGAUCUCGAAUAUGAUGGAUGGAGCAGCACUGAUUCGUUCUCGGCCGGCACCAUCUCUCAUCUCGACUGGCGCAUCCAUCAAAUCAAGACCCCCCAGCUGACGACCAGCAGCGAGGUUACACAGUACUGGACGUAUAAGAAGGAGUCCAGAACGUUCCUUCACCAGGUCCUCCGCGAUGUUCACCCAAAGGUUAUCUGGGGUGUAUACCAGAAGCCACUCGACUUCGACCUCAAACUCGACGAGCUCAUCGAGGCUCAGUAUUCUUCGGGCAAUCUUCGAGUUGCUAUGCAGCUCCGCGACCCAGCACGGCCUACUGUGUUGGCUCAGUUCAAGCGUGAGCGUACCAAGAGGCGUUUCCUAGCCUUCCUCCGCAAGCAGAACAUAAAUGUUACAAAGAUCGCCUCUGACAACUUGGAUGAUGCUUGGGAGGCAAUGAAGGGUGAAGAGUUGACGGGUGAAGAGUAAUGGGAUCGCCCGACACUCGCCCGGCUGUUGGGGCUUUGUACUCAAAUGGCCGAGGUACUGAUUUGGAACACCUGCCUGUGCAUCUCCUUGCGUGCCGAUGCUUUUUUUUAAUGGGCGAUUGGGUGCCAACACUUUCCAGGUGGGCGAGUCGCAGCAGCACCUGCGAAGACUGGAGGAUGCAUUUCCGAUGUAAUCCA